UUUUAAUUUUAUUUAUUAUUUAAAUGUAUUACAGAAAUCAAAACAAAGCAUAGGUGAUGAAGUACAACAACAAACUAUGAAGUGUGGAGAGAUCGAAAUGUUUCGAAAAACUCAUUAUACGAUUGAGAAUGGAUGGAUCAACGAAAUAGCCAAGGAAAAAUAUGUAUGUUAACUUUAAAAGUUAGUAAUUUUAUUUAAUCGUUUUUGUAAAAGUAAUAAUUCAUUAUUUUAUUGUUAUUGUAGAAUGAAAUGGUUGAGUUGCGACGAGAUAAACUUAUUCAAUUUGAAGAUGGCUUGCUACUAGUAGUUGAUGAGGCUGCUAUAUAUAGGCAGGUGUUAGGUGAAGGAAAAUACGGUUGGUUACGAGGUUUAGGUCCUACACCUGGAAAAAAGAUCUCAGUGGAAUUAUCAUCCAAACAUAAAGAGAUUGAAGAAGAACGUUUGGACAAAUUAGAGAAAAUCAUUGAAGAUCUAAGGAAGGACCAAGAUAAUAAUGUUGCAAGAAUCGUUCAAGAGAAUAUGAAAAUAUUCUAUGAAUCACAACAAGGCAGAUUAUUAGAGGAACGAUCAUCAGAGUCACCAAUCAGAAUUCCAUCAAUGGAUAAACAAAAUAGUUUUUUCACGCAACUGGAGCCAAGUAAAGAAAAAGAUCAACCCUCAUCUUCACAAAAACCCACUAAAUCGUCCUCAAAUUUAGAAGAAGUGCGAGAUUCUCCAAUUAAAUUUGAGAUUCCUAAGGACACUCCAAAGGGUGUAAAAGCUGCAUUACUAGCUGUUCGAUUUAUAAAAGCUUCACACACUUUUUCCAUGGUCAUGGACCCAGAAAUUUUGGAUAAUGAUGAAUAUUUACAUAUUUCACCUAUCGAUGUAAUUCAUCUAGGCACUAUGAAACGGAUUGGAGCUGCUUGCAUAGUAUUUUACAUUAGGUAAAAAAUUUAUCUUUAAAUUACACUUAAUGCACUAAAUAAUAUUUUUUCCUUAUUAAUCUAAUUGUAAUAUUUAGGAUCUUACAUGAAAAGUUGGUGAAGGCAA